AUGCAUGCGCCUCGCAUCGCUCUUUGUCCUUGGCCUCGUACAGUUGUGCAUACUUUACCUCGAUUUCGAGCACACAUAAAGUCCAACUCGGUGGAUAAUUCCUACGGAGAAUUGGUUCCUUUGAUUGGUCUGGAACUGCAUGCCCAGCUGGCCAGUCGACGUAAAUUAUUUUCCCGGGCUUCAUAUUCAUUCGGUGCACCUCCAAAUACACAACUGGAUUUAUUGGAUUGGGCCGUUCCAGGAAGUAUGCCGUUACUCAAUCGACGUUGCGUCGAACAGGCGAUAUUGGCUGCAUUUGCUCUGAACUGCACUGUGAAUCACGUGUCGCGCUUCGAUCGGAAACACUAUUUUUACGCGGAUUCACCAAGUGGUUACCAGAUUACACAACAAGCCCAUCCAAUCGCGUCUGAUGGCUACUUGGACUACGUAUGGAUCGGACCGGUUCACUUAUCCGGUUUGGAUCUGUCCAAUACAACCCCGUUAAUAAUGGUCAACAAUUCCACCGGGAAACAGUAUCUCCGAUCCCGAGCUCGAAUCAGGCGUGUGCAAAUCGAACAGGAUACGGGGAAAAGUUUGCACGAUNNNAGUUCGCACGAGAAGUCUGAUUGA